AUGGGCUGCGCGACGCUCGCGUUCCAACUCCUCCUCGCCCACAUCGCGGGGCUGGGUGGCUCCGCUAGCGGUGGCGGGGCCGAGGCGAAGCGGCCGCCGUCGCGCAUCCCGCCGCCGUCGCGCCUGCCCGUGCGGCUCCGGCUGGUGCAGAGCGAAGCCGUGUCGCGCACGAGAGACACCUCCACCUGCGUCUCUCUCGACUGGUGGCCGGCGGAGAAGUGCGACUACGGCUCGUGCCCGUGGACAAACUCGUCGCUCCUCACCGCCGACCUCUCGGACCCGCUGCUCGGCUCGGCGAUCGCUGCGCUGGCGCCGCUCCACCUCCGCGUCGGCGGCUCGCUCGCCGACCAGGUCUCCUUUGCUCUCUCGCGGGAGGACGGCUGCCCCCCGUUUGCCGUGGACGUGACCCGCCGGAUCGGCUUCACCGGAGGGUGCCUGCGGCUGAGCCGCUGGCUGGAGGUCCUCUCGUUCUGCGAGCGGCUCGGCUGCGGCGUGCUCUUCUCCGUCAACGCUCUGCGCGGCCGCACUCGCGACGAGUGCCAGCCGGCAGCUCUACCCGCAAAGGACGCGCGCCCGCCCUGCUGCUCCUCCUACUCCGGCGCGUGGGACAGCUCGAACCUGCUCGCACUGCUGCGCGCCACCGCCGCCGCCGGCAAGCGCAACGAGCUCGCCGGCGACGCCGGCAUCGAGGCGCACCUGUCCGCAGCCGAGUACGCUCGCGACCUGCUCUCGCUGAGGCGGGAGGUGGCUCGCUCGCUCGACCCGAAGAAGCUCGACUCGGCGGCGGCGGCGAGGGUGAUUAACGCCUCCUCCUCCGGCCUCGUCGCCCCCGCCGUCUCGGAGAGCGGAGGCGCGUACAACUCUGGCCAGCGCGGUGUCACGGACGGUUUCGUCUCCUCCUUUUGGUUCAACGACUUGCUCGGCGCGCUGGCGAGGCACGGGCACGCCUUCGGCUGCCGGCAGGCGAUCCUAGGCGGCCACUACGCGCUGCUCGACCUGCGGCGGCGGCAGCCGGCGCCCGACUUUUACUCGCUGCUGCUCUGGCGGCGGCUCAUGUCUCCGAAGUCCCUCCGCGUCGUCAAGCUCAAGCGGGUGCUGCGCGCCGCCAGCGGGCUCGCCGCCGCGCCGCUGCUCAACAUCUCCUCCGCCGAGCCGGACGGCGCGGAGGAGGAGGAGUCGGGUGGGAAUCACCGCGCGGGAAUCACCGCGCCGCUGCUGCGCGCCUACGCGCAUUGCGCCCGCUCGAGCCCGGGCCAUGCGGCGCAUGCGGCGAGCGGAGACGACUCGCCGACGCUCAACGCGUGGGGCGGGGUGGCUGUGCUGCUGCUGAACCUGGCCCCGUCCAUCACGCACGGGGUCGGCCUCGCCGGCCUCGCGCGGACCGACGCGCCGCCGCCCCGGCUCGACUUCCUCCUCACGCCGACGCGCGCCGGCCUGCGCGCGCCGCGCGUCGCUCUCAACGGGGACACGUCCUCGUCACGUCCCGCACACGCGCCGUAG